GAGUGUUUUUAACGUGAUGAAUAUUCCUUUUAGGCUGGUUGUUUAGUUUAAAUGAAAAGAAGGAAUUAAAAUAUGCCAAAUAUGAUAAAUAAAAUCGACAACGAGACAAAUCGGAAAACAACGAGUUAAGAACUGGUUAGAACAUGACGCUAGUAGUACCCAUACCUACCCCGCCCCCCUUCCCCCUCCUAGUACGAGUUGGAUACUACCCACUCCAAUACAGAUCAAAUCGGAUAAUAAAACAUCUACGAAUUCAAAUUGACAUCACUAAAUCCCCCACGCUUCCAUUCUAUCUCAUUUUCUCUAGACAUGUACCCUCUCAGAUGGGCAAAAUUCUUCUCUUUUUUCAGAGAGAGUUAAAGUUGAGAAGGUGGGUAUGAUUGGUUGGUUGAUGGACCGGUAACCACCAAGAACGGUGAUGGAGUAGGGUUACAUUAGAUCGGACCUUCCCCUCCUGUGACUGUUUUGAUUGCAUUUGUUUUUAAUUUUUGGUUGCCUCUGUUUCUGAGUUUCUGCAUAGAGAUGCUCUGUUUCUGUUGUGCUCUGUUCUUCUUGACUGGGUUUAAUUUUCCCACCGAAAUGGGCUGCCCGCUCUCCACGCCGAGCUAUCUUAUCUAUUUCUCAACCAACAAACGCGCACAUUAUGAUUACUAUAAAACCAUGAUGGUGUCCGGCGGUGCAACAUGGAAACCACUACUACUUUCCCCAAUUUAUUAUUAUUAUUGCUGUUGGUCCAUUUCCAUGGCGGAAGAAGCAAGCAAAAGACUAAUCAGUAAGAACCAAACAAAAUGACCAAUGCAUCAAAUUGGAUCUUGGUUCGUUCCAGCAUGGAUCAAUUGCCAAUCAAAUGACCUUUGAACCAAUGAGUUGCCUUAUCAGGAAAAAAGUAGAGAGAUUCCUUGUGUUGAGAUUCAUGAUACUGUGUUAUGAUUAUCAUAACGAUGGGAUCGGAAAGAAAAUCGAAAAUUGUUGUUUUGUAGAACGAGAUGAAACUAGAUUUUCAAUAAUUCGUUCAUCUUAAUGAUGUGAUGUGAGUUGUCGGGAGAAAUUCGAUUUGAAUUGAUAUAUAAUUUUUUUCAUAUAUUUUGUGAACACAAGUAUAACUCAUUUUAUCGAAACUCGUAGAGAUCUACUGUGUUGUGUGUUUGGAGUUUAAAUCAUCUGUUAAUACGAAGAGUGAUUCCACGAGAAUGAUGUAAUUUGACUUAAUUGUCUCAUCUCACAUUAAUACUUAUCCCCGUUCUUGUUAAUUCAAAUGGAUGCAAAUUGAGACAAUUUGAGUUUUCAUCGAUUUGAUUUACGCCUCCUCAUUUUGUAUGGCUAAACGAUACAAUUUAAUCUAGUGGUAUUGUUUGAGCCAAAUUGUCAUCCAGUUUCAUCCCACUCAUAUAAUUCUUCCAUAACCUUAAUUUUAGUAUUAUUUUGAUUAGUUAUUUAGUUUAAUUAAAUGUUAAUUCUAGUCCUAUAGUUUAGACUUUAGAGGUAGCCUUUAUUCGAUCGCACGUGACUCAACCCUUCUUCACUUUAUCUUUAGAAAAAGAGAGGAACUUGCGCUUAAAAAAAAAAGAAAAAGAAAAAAGGAACUGAGCAACAUAAGAAAGCUGGGCAAAAGAAGAAAUCAUUUGCUUUCAAUAAUUAAUUCUCUCAAAGCUCCAACUACAUAUGCAGACUUUUGGGGAAUUCUUGGAAACCUCUUAAUUGCUUUCAUAACUUAAGAAUAGUGAUGUUUACACGAGAAAUAACUCAUAAUUUAGCGUUCUAAACUGAUGAAAAAUAUAUAAAAAUUCAUUUCAUCGUAUUGGAUGGAUCUGUCCGAAGUCUAAAAUUCUUCCUUUUUAUUUGUUACUUGCUAAUUUUAUAACAAGAUAGACAUUAACUAAAUAAAUUUUCAAACAUUCAUUUUUUACGUUUAGAAUCCAACUAAACAUAUUUUCUUAUCAACCACUAUUAAUCUUGCAAACCGUUUAAGUUAAAAUUAAUAUAAGAUAUCGUUAUAACUACUCGUACUUAAAGAGAUUUUUAGGACAACAACUGAAAUUCAAAUUAGAAAACAAAUAACAAAUGAGAUUAGAAAAAAUAAAAUAAACAAAUGCAUAAAACUAAAAAAUGUUUAUUUUUUCGUAUAAAUAAACAAAAAAAAUGUUUCUGAAAUUAAAAUAUAUUAAAAAAAGAAGGAAGAAAACGAAACUUCAACGGCGCGGCAUGAGUAGCAGCUUCCCACUCCAACGCUCCUUCCCCUUCCCUCCUCCGCUGUUUCCUUCUCCUUCCUCCACAGACAGAGAAAGCGAAGAGAGAGCGAGAGUCAAGAAACCGACGCCAAGGCUUUCUUCCUCCUGUAAUGUUCUGCCCUCCCUCUCAUUCUCUUUUUUGUUUCUCCCAACAUUCCCAUUCUCAAUCUCAAGUUCGUCCUUGGUUUUUUUUUUUUUGGUGUGCGCGCAUGUUUCUAUUUUUGGCCAUUGAAAAGGAAAUUUCUGCUUCACUGUUCCAUAGCUCCUUUCUGCUCACAGUUUCCCGCUUUGCGUCACUUUAUUCCUAAUUUUCGGCGGGGAGCUUCGUUCCUUGAUUUCGACUUCAUUCCUUGAGUAAAUAAUGGGUUCCUCACGAUUUUGCGGCUGAACCCUUUUCCUUUCUCCGAAUCAGUUGAUCGCAAGGAAGAAAACCCAGUUGCAGGUUUGCUUGUUUUUGUUUUCACCGAUUCGAGAUUUUCUGAAGGAGGAAAUUGAUGGAAGAUGAAAAGAUGGGUUGGGCUUUGGAUUCCACUGCUUUGUUUUCUUCUAAACCUCUCUCUCCCCGAAUUUUCUGAGCCAGUAGACAAGGGUUUUUUGCUUUUUGUUUACUGAGAGCUACAAAAAUGGUAGUUUUUAAAUGUUUGCAUAACGGGAUCCCUUUUAAUGGCAACGGUUAUCAGAUUUAUAUGAAACUCGGGGAUGGAAACAUAACUCAGUCUCACCACUUGCAUUAAUCAAAUCCCAAAAGCCAGGGAUUUCAUUUUCGUCCUAGAUUUGCAGAAAGGAGUUCAUUUGUUUCUGUUCCAAUUUUUUUUCCAGAUCAGGGCAGCAAAGCAAGUGAGGAGGUGGAAAGUGGCGUCGUAAUUUAAAUCACUGGUUCAAUCUACUUCCCUUCCCCCCCAUUACCUUAUCUGAAGCUGCCGGCACUGCACAACUGUGAACCGUGUUCACUCAACUUUACUCGUCUAGCAUUGAAAACGACUCGGAGUUUGUAGCUACACUUACCAUUUCUCUGUCGCUACCUUACUCUUUUGAUGCUUCUCUGCUAGAGAGAAGAGCUGGGGAAGGGGACCAUGUGCAUGCAGCAAAAGAUCCAAAAGCUUCGCUUUUAAAGUCUCCCAGUUGGGGGUGAGUAGCUUCAACAAUUCUCUGGCUUGGUGUUGAAGCAAUUCGUCUGGUUUUUGUCAGGCAGCUAAUUGAAAAUCCAUUCCGCUUGUGGGUUAUGAUUGGAUUGACAAUGGCAAUUGAUGAAUGUUGAAGGAAUGACGCUUUUUGAGGUUUCUUCACUUUAAUUAUUGUUUUUCCCUUCUUUGUUCACUUAUUCUUUAUAAUGGAUUUGGUUUUCCAUAUAUAAAUGAUCAAUCUUGGGACUUAAGGUUACGCAAGAGUUUUCAAUCUUAUCUACCCUUCCACGAUUAUCUUCCUUUUCUCAGUUGUUAUUUGCCUUAAUUUUCUUUUCGAGCUUCCUAUUUGGUGCUCUCGCUCGAAUAUAUAUUUUGCUAUCUUCUUCGCACUUUCACGCUUGGCAGUUGUCAUUGCCCCAUUGGCCUUCUCUUUUCUCUUUUCUUGGUCUCCUAAAGUUGGGUGUAAAUUUAUUAGGUGGUUAGUUAGAGCCAACAAUUUUAGCUUAUUUUGAUGGAAACCUUCGAUUAAUACUCUGCUUCUUUUACGUCUUCUAAUGUGAGUACUUACUCCUUGGGUUAGUUGGAUAAUGAUGGUGAUUAACUUCUUGAGUACAGUCAGUUUGGGUGGUGAAGGAAGGGAAAGAAUGGAGUGCAAUGGCUUUAGCGACAAUGCAGCAACUUUACCUAUAACAACUUAAAACCGUCUUGCUUUGUGGGGAAGAAGUAGCUAAGUGUGAGUGCUUUUGACUCAAGAGAGUUAAGGUCUGCUAUUUUUACAAGUUUUUGAGACUGAUGGGGUUGAUUUGAUUCAGUGUCGUGAAAACAAUGGGGUCAAUUGGAGCUGAAAGCUCACCGAAGAUGGAGAAGAUGCAAAUGGCGGCGAGUACACGAGAAGAGAAGAUUCUUGUAUUGGUGAGGCUCAGACCUUUGAGUGACAAGGAGAUCAUGGGAGAUGAAGUUGCAGAUUGGGAAUGUAUUAAUGAUACUACUGUCUUGUACCGGAAUACCCUCCGCGAAGGCUCCACAUUUCCCUCUGCCUACACUUUUGAUAGAGUGUUUCGGGGUGAUUGUACGACGAGGAAAGUGUAUGAGGAUGGACCCAGAGAAGUGGCUCUUUCAGUUGUUAGUGGCAUUAAUGCAAGCAUAUUUGCUUAUGGUCAAACAAGCAGUGGAAAGACUUACACAAUGAAUGGUAUAACUGAGUAUACAGUAGCUGACAUAUUCGACUAUAUAAACAGGCAUGAAGAAAGAGCCUUUGUUCUGAAGUUUUCAGCAAUUGAGAUAUACAAUGAGGCUAUCAGAGAUCUCCUAAGCGCAGAUAACACUUCACUUAGACUUCUAGAUGAUCCAGAGAAAGGGACUGUGGUGGAGAAAGCCACUGAAGAGACGCUAAGGGACUGGAACCAUCUAAAGGAGCUCCUAUCAGUUUGUGAAACUCAAAGACGGAUAGGGGAGACCUUUUUGAAUGAGAAAAGCUCUAGAUCACAUCAGAUCCUUAGAUUGACGAUUGAAAGCUCUUCUCGUGAGUUCUUAGGCAAAGAAAACUCGACCACUCUUUCUGCCACUGUGAACUUUGUCGACUUGGCAGGGAGUGAACGUGCAUCUCAGGCACUGUCGUCUGGGACAAGAUUAAAGGAAGGAUGUCACAUUAACCGCAGUUUGUUGACUUUGGGUACCGUUAUUCGUAAGCUGAGUAAGGGGAGAACUGGACACAUCAACUACAGAGAUUCAAAACUUACUAGGUUGCUGCAGCCAGCUUUAGGUGGCAAUGCUAGAACUGCCAUCAUCUGCACAUUGAGCCCUUCACGCAGUCAUGUUGAGCAAACUAGAAACACACUAUUAUUUGCAUGUUGUGCUAAAGAAGUCACUACGAAAGCACAAGUUAAUGUUGUCAUGUCCGAUAAGGCUUUGGUCAAGCAUCUGCAAAAAGAGUUGGCUAGAUUGGAGAGCGAACUGAGAAGUCCUGCCCCAGCUUCAUCAACUAACGAUUAUACAACGCUAUUGAGAAAGAAAGACCUUCAGAUUCAAAAGAUGGAGAAAGAAAUCAGGGAGCUGACUAAGCAACGCGAUCUUGCUGAAUCUCGUAUUGAAGAUUUGCUUCAAAUGAUUGGACAAGAUCAAAAUUCAAGAAGAACGAGUGAGAUUAGUCAGAAUCCCAACCGACAAGGAAGGGGUAGAUGGGAUGACGACGAAUGUUCAGUUUCAGAAUCCUACCCCCCUACUUAUGGUGGUUCUGUAAGAACACCAUAUGGAACCCAUUUUAAUGGAGAUAGUGGGACCUUUGUACAGGACAGUGGUCUUGAUGAUUAUCAUUCUGAUGCCACUUCUUCACUUAUGCCUUUUGGAAAGAAGAUUGCUGGAUCACAUCCUCGUCAGAGCCUUGGGAUUAAUGAUGACGAAGAGGACUGCAAGGAAGUUCAGUGUAUUGAAAUGGAAGAGACAAGGCAAAACAAUCCUGAUCACCAUUCAUCAAUCUCAAAUGGUGAAAGUGAAGUACUUGCUUCAGUCAGGGUAGAGCAGGAUGUAACAACAGCUCAAGGAAAUGGUGAUAGAGAAGCACAUCCCUUGCAGAAUAAUGGAUUUACAAAUGAUGCGAUGGAACAAAGGCUACAUCUUGUUGAUGGAUCAAGUUCUACAUGCAUGAAAUUAGCCAGGAGCUGGAGUUUGAAAGAGAGUCCCACAAUUGGUGACAGCACGCCACCCAAUGGGUUGGAGAGGAAGUAUGCUGGGCGACCAGAGAGCGUCAGGAGGAGGUAUCCAUCGAUGAUGUACGACAACGAUGCUGCAAGACUGACAAGAAGUGAUUCUCUGUCAUCUAUUGAGAGUGCUGCAACCGUUGAAACUCGGGGUGUAGUAACUGCAGAUGAGGAUAUUCCAACAGUUGAAAAUUUUGUUGCUGGACUGAAGGAAAUGGCCAAGCAGGAGUAUGAAAAGCAGCUUGGCGAUAACCAGAUUUUGGAGGCUCAAAAGAAGAAGAGUAAUGUCAAGGACAUUGGAUUGGAUGCUAUGCUCGAUGAACUAACAACUCCUGAUUCACCGCUGAAGUUUGAGAGACAGCAGAGAACUAUUAUCGAACUGUGGCAUGCUUGCAAUGUCUCAUUGGUUCACAGGACCUAUUUCUUCCUCCUCUUUAAAGGUGAUCCGUUGGAUUCAAUAUAUCUCGAAGUGGAGCUCAGAAGGCUCUCUUUCCUAAGGGAAACAUUUUCUGAUGCAAACCAUGGCAUCUCCGGUGGCCAAACUCUCACUCUCACCUCCAGCGUAAAGACGCUUCAUAGAGAGAGAGUGAUGCUUAGCAAGCUGAUGCAGAGGAGGUUGUCUGGAGACGAGAGGAACAGGCUUUAUCAGAGAUGGGGUAUUGGGUUGAACUCCAAGAAAAGGAAGCUUCAGUUGGUGAACCGUUUGUGGGGCAACACGAAGGACGUGGACCACAUCACAGAGAGUGCGGCCAUUGUUGCCAAGCUGGUGAGGUUUGCAGAACAAGGACAAGCACUUAAGGAGAUGUUUGGGCUUAGUUUCACACCUCCAAGCACAACAAGAAUGAAAUCCCUGGGCUGGACUUACAGCAAGUCGUCUCUUUUGUAGUAGUGGAUGACGAGUAGAGUAUUAUAGGAAGACUGGGUUUUUCCCACCAUUUUCUCCUUUUUUUUAUUGUGUGAUUGGUGAUGUUUGAAACAAUAUUCGAGAGUGUAGAUUGUAAGGUGUAGUAUUUUGAUUGGCUAUAGGGUAGUUUUUCUGGUGAGCUACUACUACUGGAUGGAUGGGUAUGCUAAUGGAUGUAUUCGUUUCUGAUUUACGAUCCAAGAAUCCAGAUAAUCUGAGACUGAGAUUACGAGAGCAAAUUGCUUCAGAGGUCACUGGUUUCUUAUAAUUAGCAGCUAAGUGUUCACAUUGUAGCUCAGUUGUUGCUGUCAUUUGCUUCUGGCUUGUUAGUCUUGCAGCUACAUUGUUACCAGUUACCACAUUGUCGGUUUAGAAUCGAUUUUAGUCAGCAAUGAAAUGCAUCCAAAAUA